GAGAUUGCAACUAUAAGUAAAGAUACAGACCUUGCAUGAUACUAUUACAUGUACCUGUCUAUGUAUAUGUUACCAACUUGAAGAGUAAGGCAACUUACCAUGAAGCCUAUCCCCGAUUAUCGCCUUACCGCUAUGAACUCCUACGCCUACCAUAUAUAUAUCUUCACCACAGACACACUCAUAACCUACCAAGCUACAGCCACCUACUUUGACCACCUCGUUACGGCCGCCGAUAUCCAUCUUGAAGCUAUUUAACUACCUACAUAAGUUACCGGCAUCGAACGAAACGCCGAAGAACUACCCCGACCCCGACCACUUCAUCCAGCCUACCACGAGAUACCUCGACAGAUAAAAUAGAGACUGUCGCGAUACGAUAAAGUCUCGUUCGUAGCGUAGCUUCUCUUGACGCCUUCGACUCGUACUUCGCCCCACCUCCCCCGCGCGUGGAUUCCGCCUGUGCAGAUUACGUAUCCGUUUGUUCUCCUAGCCGAGAGAGCAACCCGGGAUGGGCUUUGGUGGAGGGCAAGAUGCAACAGCGACGAGAUGAGAUUCUGGCCAAGAAGGCAAAGCUUGCUGAGCUCAAGCGACAACGGGAGCUGAGGGCGAAUCAAGCCGCCAAUGUUGCUAGGUCCAACAUAGGCGGACCUAGCGAUCUCAUCUCCCCCACUCCGGGCCGUGACAAUCGAAAAGUCAUCGAGACGCUGAUCAAUAGCCUGGUAAGCGAGAGCAGGCCCGCUUCCAGCAUCACUGGCGCAGCCUCUCCCGGCCUCCGAGGAAGUCGGCCCAACAGUGUUUUUAGCGCCGACGAGCUGAGUGGUGAGAACUCGGAAUAUGCUUCGCAAGCGAACGGGCAACCGGUCUCAACACAGCCGCAAGUCUUAACUACCGUGCCGCUACAAACUAUUUACGAAUGCCCGCCUUCCCCGGUCAAGGAAGUCCUCUCCUACAGCAAGGCGGUUCAGACCGCAGAUGAUUGGACGCCACCAGCCGCGCUUCCCCGCGCCUUUUCAGACCUCGAAGACGAUGAGCUCUCUGGCGCUACGUCCACCCCCAACAAGCGGUUGAGCAGGUGGAAACGUGACAGAGAAGAGGAAAUUCGCCAGAGCCUACGAAUAGAGAUUGAGGAGGAGCUCAAGGCGGCUCGCGAGUUAGUCGUUGAUGGGCCUUUGCCGGCAGGUUCCACCGUCACGUCAAAUUACCCAGCCAGGGCGUUGAGUAGCGAGGAACUGGCGGCUGUCGUAGCCUCCGACGACUUCGUGGAUUUUGUAGAGCGCUCUACUAAAGUCAUUGAACGCGCGUUGCACAUUAGCAGCGAGUACGAUAUCUUGACGGAUUACUCGCUUCAAGCCCACGAUAUCGAGGACGAGGAUGAGCAGGCGGGUAACACAGGCGGAAAGGGUCGGCGACGGGUCAAGGAAGUCGUACAGUUCUACGACGAGAGGUGGUCUAAAAAACGCAUGAUCAGCAGCAUCAACUUCUCGGCCAAGUUCCCCGAGCUUGUACUUGCUUCGUAUACCAAGAAUCCGUCUGCUCCCCAUGACCCCGAUGGCAUUGUACAAGUGUGGAACCAGCAUCUCCACGAUCGCCCCGAGUUUCUUUUCCACGCCCAAUCUGAUAUCCUCACUGCCAAGUUCUCUCCCUUCCACCCAAGUCUUAUUAUAGGUGGCACAUACUCGGGCCAGGUUCUCCUCUGGGAUACACGGGCCAAAUCCGCCCCAGUGCAAAAGACACCAUUGACAGGCUCUGGGCAUUCGCAUCCAGUCUACUCCGUCGACAUUGUGGGUACCCAAAACGCGAACAAUAUUAUCUCCGUCUCUACGGACGGGGCUUUUUGUGUGUGGAGCGUCGAUAUGCUCUCGCAGCCCCAGGAAUCUCUCACCCUCACCACUCCGCCUCCAAAUAAGUUUGAAGACCUCGCUCCGACGACCAUGGCCUUCCCUCAAGCGGACCCGACAUACUUUCUUAUCGGCUCAGAAGAAGGCUCGAUUUAUCCAUGCCAUCGGUACGACCGCGCCGGCGCCAAGGCCGGUGUUGACUCUCGUGUUUCCUAUAAAGGCCACGCCGCCCCUGUCAUGAGCGUCGAUUUCCACCCAGCGCGCGGCCCCGUGGAUCUAGGUGAUUUAGUACUUUCCGCGUCUCUCGACUGGUCUGCGAAGCUGUGGAAGGUACGCGCCCCUGCUGCGACGAGCACUAUCGUCGAAAGUGCGGGCACCACUGUUCCGCCGCUCCUGGAAUUUGUGCGCGAGGAUGUAGUGUACGACGCCGCGUGGUCGCCCGUGCGUCCAGGCGUUUUUGCCUUGGUCGACGGAGCCGGCUCGCUCGAACUCUGGGAUAUCACCGUCGAGACCGAGAUUCCAGUAGCCAAGAUCAGCCCCACGCCGCGUAAGGACGGUCGCCAGCUGCUCAGCAGAAGUCUUAACAAGGUCGCUUGGGAAGGUAGUGAGGGUAAGCGACUGGCCACGGGUGGCAUAGAUGCCGUCGUUAGUGUGUUCGAGGUUGGCCCUGACUUGGGGGGCAAGGAGACGGUUCGGAGCGAGGAGUGGACUAACGUUAAGAAGCUUGUGGCUAGACUAGAGGCCGUGAGCGGAGGUGUUACCGGCUUCGCGUAGGCCGGUUCGAUUUUCCCCUGCUAAGUAGGAGGCUUCUAGUUGCGAACAUGUCGUUUUGAGGUUGGGUGGUCGCUUGACCCGCGUCCCUACGUACGUUAUACCCGACCUACGAAUGGCAUUUAUGAAGGGCGGACCACACAGUGCUGGCCACAUUCGUGUCUAGCCGGGAUUGCAGUAAUAUUCAGUUACCCUUGGCAGGUUAGACGUUGUGAGAAUCUCGGUCAUGUCUUGUCGUAUUAAACCGCCAUGCGCCGCAGCGAAUAGUUUGGUUACGUGAGAUCAUCUACGCACUAGAG